AUGGAUGCAGUUUUCCCACCGAUCGCCGCCCCUGCCGCCGCCCCUGUGCCUUGCGCGGCCGGCGGCACCUUGCUGCAGCCGGCGUUGAGCGACGCCGCGGCGGCCUUGCCUGAUCGCGUGUGGCCGCCCCACGGCGCCACCGUCGCCCCUUUGCUGCAGCCGGCGUCGAGGGUCGCCGCGGCGCCCCUGCCUGGCUACGCGUGGCCGCCCCAAGGGGCCACCGCCGAGCCUGCCGCUGGCGAGGCCACGGGCGCCGCCCCUGCUGCCCCCGCGGCCCUUGCUGCCGCGAUCGGUGCGGGCCCGGCUGCCUCUGCUGCAGCCGCUGCUGCCCCUGCUGCCGUUGCCGCAGCUGCUGCUACCCCCGCGGGUGCGGUCGCCGCCGAGCUGCUGCACGCGCUGGCUGUCGCGCACGGCCACGGCGCGCGCACUCCAACAGCAGCUGCGCGGCCCACCUCCCGGCUUCGCCAACGGCACUGCCGCGCCCUGCUCCCUGGCCGCGGCCUUCCCUGCCUCCCUGGCCGCGCGGCGGGUGAGCGAGGCUGUGCCGUGCGCGUGGCAGGCUCCCGCGGCGCCUCUUCCCGCGCCGCAGCCCCUCUUCUGGAGCCGCCCGUCGGGGCUCCCCCUCCCCUGCAGCCACCCGCCGGGGCGGCCCCUCACCUGCAGCUGCGCCUCCCUUCCCUGGGCGCGUCGCCACUGCGGGGCGGCCUACUCCCCUCCACCUUCGCGGCUCCUGUCCCCUCCUACGGGCUGGGCAUGCCCCCCGCGGACGCGCCGCACGCUACCGCGACAUGGGCCACUGCCGUCGCCGCCGCGAGCGUCGCGGGCGCGCCGGCACAGGUCGUCCCCGCUGUAGCUCCGCCGGCUCUGGGCGCGCCGGCCAUGGGCGCUUUUCCCCUCGCGGCCACGGCUCCUCCCCCUGGGCCGAGCGGGGGUGGCGGUGACCGCAGUGGUCGCCGUCGGCGGAGGGGGCGUGGUCGUCAGACCGCACCUACACCUCCCGUUGCUCCUGCCGGUGUGCCCUAG